AUGGAAAUAAUAAGCUCAAGCGAUUUAGAAGAAGAAAAAGAAUAUUAUGAAAAGCUUAUUAUUCUGCUGGGACUUAAUGAUGAGUUUAAAUUGUAGAAUUUAAGAUUCUUAACACGAGUUCGAGAAAUCUAAAGCUCAUAAUCUAUAUUGAAAUUAAAUAAUUAACGCUAAUUAAUCAGCUAUCCAAUGAAAGAUGACUUAGACUUAAAAACGAAAAUAAUAUUAUGGAACUAAAUAAAUGACUUAUUGAAAGAGAAAUAGCUAUUGUUUGCUCUAAUUCUUGAUGAGGACAAACUCUUUUUAUCAGAAGAGAAGGAGCUUAGUGAUUACCUUGAAAGCUAACUUUUGUCUUUAAACUAUAUUUCUGAUGUAAAUCUCUUCCUAUAGCUGAAAAUAUUAACUAUUAUUGUAUCUCCGAUUGGAGUAAAGCAAAGAAAUAACAUGAAUGAAGAAAUGUUUAAUAAACAAAUAAAACUAUUAAAAGAAUAAAUUUGCUAAAUAUACUGGAAAAAACAACCUAAUAUUUUCAGAACCUUUUUAUAUUACCUAAUUUAAAUUUUCUCCGCUAAAGGAUCAUACUUAAGAUUUUAGUAAUAAUAGCCAUUAACAGAAUAGCUUUUAGAAGAACUCUAUUCACAGUAAACUGUAGAUUCAAUUGAAUUUAUAAUCAAUCCUCCUGAUGAUGUUUAAGAUUAAAUGAUGAAGGACUGUUUAGAACAAAUAAAAUAGUUAAAAUUAGAAGAAUGCAAUUUUGACUAGUUCAAAAAUUUAUUUUGCUAAAUUUCUUCUUAUAAAUCAAAUAUAAAAAUACAAGAAUUAUAUAACGAAAUAAUUUAAACUUUUCAAAUUCCAGUAUUAGAUCUGAUAGAAUAACUAAAAAUUAAUGGAGGUUUUCUAUAACAAUACAAUAGUUUACUUGAAUAAAUAAAAACGCUUGAAAUGUUUGAAUAAUAUCUAUCAAGUUUUAAUUUUACAAAGAUUAUAAAAAGUGAUGAUUAUGUCCAAAGCAUUUUUGAUGCAUUUGAAAAUUAAUUAUAAGUGUUACAUAUAAAUGAAAUGAAUGAUUAUUUAAUAACACUAUAUGAAUUUUCAUAAUGGAAUAAAAAAUUCUAACUAUAAGAAAUAAAUUUAAAGUAAAAAAUUGGUAGUAAAUUAAGCUAGAUCUUGAAGGUAUUUAUUGAUUAAUCAGAAAGAGAAUUAUUUUCUUAGAAUUUAAACAAUCUAUAGGAGAUUAUAAAAAUAUUAACAAAUUACCAAAAUAUUUAAGAGUUCUUAACUGGAAAUCUAAUAAUGGAAAUAAAAGAGUAAUUAGCAGAGAUUUCGAAAAGUUGCUAGGAAGGUUUAGAUAAAAAAUAUAUGAUCUUAGAAAGCAAUAAAUUUAACUUUAAAAAUAUUUUGACUGAUCUAUAAUAUUUUCUUGAUCUAUUGAAAGUCCAAAAAGUACUCAGUAGUGAAUAAUUUCAAAAAAUAUUUGAAAAAGACAUCAAAGAUUUUGAAUGUGAAUAAAUAGUAAAUAACCUUAAAUAAAAACUUGAAAAGAUAAAAUCUAACAUAAAAAAUGAUUUUGAUUUAAUUAUAAAUGUUCUUUAAGAGAAAGAAAGUGUUAAAUAAAUUUAUUAAAUAUUAAAUCUUGAAAUAAAAAUUGACGAAUAGGAUUUGUAAUAAUCUUUAAUGAGACAAGUUUAAAGAUUAGAAAUAUCUUUGACUAAUAUAAUUUCAAAAAAAGAUUUUGGUAAAGAUUUUGUUGAUAACUUAAUUUAGCUUGAGAAAUGUGAAAUACUAAAUAAUAACCUAAAAAUAACAAAUAAGAUUUAGAAAGAAUUUAAAGAAUAUUAUUCCAAAUAUUUGGAAAUGCAUUAAAAUAUUGAUAACGAUGAAAUUGAUUAUCAAACAAAACAAAACUUUCGCUAAGAAUAAACCAAAUUAGAUGACUUAAAAAAAAAUGUAAAAUUCAAAACUAAGCCAAAAUUUUUGGUUGAAUUGUUUAAAAUUAAUAUACCUUCAAAAUAAACAAAAUGA